GUGUUACAUCGUUAGAGAAGAAGAAGUAGUAGUAAUAGUAGUACGAUGAGGUAAAAGAUAAGUGCUGAAAAGAAGUAACAUAGGUCUAAUGUUGUUAAAACUUAAACCUAUACUACUGCCUGGAUUCUUAGUUAACUUUGAGUCGUAGUAUAUUUUUAAGUGGUGUAAAGCAUUGGACAAUUCAGUCCCACAGUAAAAUUUUAAGUGUUAACUAACAAGUCAUGAUUCAUCAGUUCUGAAUCUUUGGAUGCCCCUAGAUCAGUAGAUGGAACUUUAACUUUUAAGGAAGACUUUUCACAUCCGGGUUGGAACAUACAGAGGUCACGUGAGCAUUAACAUCAGAAAAUGAAAGAAAGUGAUAUCAUGGAAAAAGACUUAGAUGAAAACAGUAUUAAGGAAGAUGGUGUCAGUACUACAAGCAGUGAAACCAAAGACCAGGGGAGUGAUAAGAAAAGUAAAGAUUUAGCAGAGAAGAAGAAGAUCAAAAAAGAAACUAAAACACAAAAAGAAGCUAAAGCAGGACAGAAAAUGAAGCAAGUUAAAAAAGAAAAGACUGAUAUCUCUAAGUUUCAAGGGGACGGAAUCCAAUUUAAAGCCAAGUUGAUUGGUCAAGAGGAUGUGAACGAGGCACGAGGUGAUAAGAUGUGUCAGGAAUCUCUUCAGCGGCUCAAGGCCAUUGUUCGAAGCUCUGGUGAGCACAAGCAUCGAAUCACCCUGAAUGUUUCACUUGCAGGAAUUAGAAUCAAAGAUGAAAAAACCAAUGAAGAGCUGCAUCAUCACCCUGUUCAUACAGUUUCCUUUAUUUCUCAAGACAUCAGUGAUGCUCGUGCUUUUGGUUACAUCUGUAAUGUUGAUAACCAGUAUCACAAGUUCAUUGCCAUCAAGACAGAGAAGUCGGCUUCUCAAGUUGUGAUUGCAUUACGAGAUUUGUUUCAAGUGAUUCUGGAGUCAAAACAGAAAGAGAUGGAAAAAGCUAAACAAGAGCAACAAGAUAAACAAAAAUCAGAGGAAGAGAAUGUUGAUAGUAUUGCUGAUAAUUCCCCUAAUGGAGUAGAUGAACCUGAUAUUCCCUGCAGUGCUAAAGAGGAAAACAUUUAUUCUGAUAUCAAACAAACAACAAGACCAGAAACAGUGCAAUCUGAAAACUCUUCUAUCCAAAAACCAGAAGAAACCACAUUAAAAGAUUCUGUAGAUGUUGGCAACUUGUUAGACCUGCAGUUUGAAUUGAACUCUUUACAGUUGGGUAUUCAACAGAUGGAUAGCAGUAUAGCUGCUACUGCUACAGCUUUCGAUUCAACAGGAGACACACCAGAAAAUGAUCCUUUUACUUCAGCUUUUGUCCUUACCCCACAAAAGGUGGAUUUCAUAGCUAGCAAGACCAAAGAUGAUCUUGAAACUACACAGUUGGCCAGUAGAAUUUCUUCAACCAGUGACUUGGACAUUCCACCAGCUUUGCCUCCUCGUACUCGCACAGCUCCCACAAGCUCUGAGCCAACUUUUUCUCAGAUUUCUUUCAAUGAGCUGAAAAGUGAAGCAGACAAAUAUGCAGCUUUCUCUCAGAUUGAUUCCAUACCAAGUAUAUUUGAUAAUCCUGACAUUGUGAAAGUAGAUCUUCCUUCUAAAGAAACAUCCCAACUUGACAUUUCUUUUGCGAAGACAGAUAAUGAAAACUCUUCUGCUAUUGUUGAACCUCCUCCUAAACCAUCCAGGUCAAUAGAUCUGUCUGUUUUUGCAGAGCUUGAUCCUCUUGGAAGAGAUCGACCUUUUAUUGAAAAGAAGAAUUUUUUCCAUGAACUUAAGAAUCCGCCAAAGAAGGUCCUCAAAGACUUACUUGGAGAUAGCACUGAGGCAUCACAAGAAACAGUUUCAGCUAAGCCUGACCCACCACUCUCAGCAGAUCAAGUGAGUAGUCUUUAUGGGAGUCCUAGUAAGCAGUUCACUGGUGUGUCUGGAACCACACCCCCAGGUUUCAUGUCUCCAAAAUUAAGGGCCUCAAAUCCCUUUAUCUGUGAUUCAGCACCACCCCCUCCACCACCUCCAAGAAUCCCUGCCCGAGCAUCUGAACCUAGUUUUAAUGUUAUCCCUUCCCCUCCUCCAAAGCUUCCUCACCGAAACUGUGUCACUCCCACACCACCACCACCACCCAGAAAAAUCCCUCCUCAUCCUUUGCAGGACAGCAAUGAAAAUCAGUUGUCUAAAUAUUCUUUAGACAGUUCAGUCCACGAAUCUCCCAGCAAGUCCAAUUCCUCUCCUGUAGCAAGUCCACCAAUACCCAUUCCUUCUAGAAAACCACCAUCUUUUCCUCUUAGUACCUCUCCAUUUAGUGCAUUUACUGAAAAUGAUAGUCCUCACACAACAGAAAGAAAAACUGGUUUACUGUUAGUUGGAUCCACCAACAGCUUUGACUUUGGUACUCAUUCAAAGGAAGAACAUUCUGUAAGUAUUAACCAAGGAAAUUCAGUUGCUAGACCAAGACCUUCUGGACAUACCAAUACUUUAGGUAGUUCACCUACUAAACUGAGAACUCCCACACGUGAAAAUGCAUCUAUUUCACCAAAGAAUGUAACCAAAAGAAAUCCUUUUGUAAAAAGUCAGACUGUGAGCUUUUGGUCUGGAAGUGAUGGUUCAGAGGAUACAACAACAAGAAAGAGAGAUGGGAUUUUACCUGUGUCAUUGCCUUCACCUUCAGCAUCUCAUGGGUACCAAAAGGGCCCAUCCUCUUUUAUGGCCAAUGGAACUUCAUUUUGGGGCCAAGAAAAAGAUUUUUUCUUGGACAGCUUUAGUACUUCACAGGAAAGAGCUGAUUUAUUAAUCUCAUAUUUAAAACCAUCUCAGCUACCUAUCAAUACGAAUGAUUCUCAAACCACACUAUCAUUUUGUAGUAACAGCACAGAAGGAUCAGCUAAUGGUAAUCAGCUAAAACAACCAGUAUCCACGCCUUAUACCCCAGAAGAAAAUAAUAUUUUUCGUAGAAAAUUUGAUCCAUUUGCUGAUGAUUUCUUUCAAACAGAUAUAAGCCAGUCUGAACAAAACCCUGCAGAGCAAGAAUCAGAAAAACAUGUUUCUGUGAUUGGUGACCCACAGACUCAUUCUAAUGGGUGGACCAGUCCAAAGGAACCAGUUUACAGUAAAAUUAACAAAGUAAAUAAGGAAGAAGGAACAUAGGAAAGAAGAACAUAAAUAUCAGCAUUAAACAUCACAAGUAAUGUAGGUGCAACAUUGUUUUAAAAAUAUUUUAUCUUCCAGAACUUUCACAAUAAAUUUUAUUAAUUUAAAUAAAUCAUCUAUAGAUUUUCUAGAUAAAGAUGAACUGUUUGGCUGAUCUAACUUUGUAUAAGAUGGAGAGGACUGCCAUUUACAACUCGGUCCGCGGAUGUGUAGUACAGAUUCUGAAGUUGUACAUGUUUCUUUACAUUCUGUUAUAUGGUAAUGGAAGAAUUUAUAUAUGUUGCUGAAAAUGUUAUAAGACCUCACAUAUAUAUAGUUCUAUUAUUGUUGUAAAAGACUGUGAAUGAACAACCAAAAGUGUAUGAUAAAAAUAUGUUAUGUGGGAAAAUUGAAAAUGAAAACUUUAAAGAAAGAAAGAAAAAUAUACCAAAGAAUACCUUCUAACACAAGGAUUAUGUACAUUUACACUUGGAUGAGAUUACUUCCUGAUUUUUGUGAAUUUAUAAAGAAAGUUAAUUAGAAACAAACCUUCUAUGAAUUAUUGUGCUCUGUAAUCUGGGAGACCUGAAUUAUCCACUUAAACAUAUCAAGUUCUUCAAUCUUCAUGGGGAUUUCACCCAGGCAUUUCAUUGAAACAUUGAGGUAUUUCAAAUUAAUAAUCUGGUUCACAGGGUACUGCAUAUUGAGGAGAAAAAAUUUUUCUCUACAAUUUGUCCACCGGUGGGACAGCAACAAAUUUACAUAUUUACAAUGCUAAAAAUAGUGGUUUGAUUCCCCUCAGUUGACACAGCAGAUAGUCCAGUGUGGCUUUGCUAUAAAAAACACAAACAUCAAGUUUUAUUAAAACAUUUCUUGUACUUUAUUGCUUUUUAGGAUGAUCAUACUAAUUUUUUUAAAUGCAACGAAGCUUUAUUUCAAACGUAAAUUUCUAGAAAGAGUUGGAUGUCUUGAUUUUUUUUAAAUUCUUUCAGAUUUCAGUAUAAAUAUAUUUGAGCUUUUCUUGGUCAUAUUCCAAGAAAUUGGCUUGAGAAACAAAUAAUUAAUUUUCCAUAAGUGUUUUUCUUAACUCAAGUAUGAAUUUAAAGGCAGUUAAAUUUCUUAAUUUCUGUAUCAUUAUCUAAGUCAUUGUUUAGUAAAUCAUGAAAGGAUCUUUGAAAGAUUUUUUCUUUGUAUAAAGUUUGUUUGCUUAGUAAUUUUUGUUGGAAGGUUCUUGUUAUCUAUUAAAUAUUUUUCUCAAAUUCAACCUUUGUUGCAAAUGUAUAAACAUCUUUUUUGUAAAGUGAACCUCCUGAAUUUUUUCUUAAACAUAAUGCUGGUGCUUUUUCUGUUGUUGUUUGUAAUUUGUAGAAUUUCCAAAACAGGCAGUUAUUUCAAGAGGGUUUUCUGAUUUUGGAUUUGUAUAACAAUUGGAGGUAAACAGGGAAUGUAAAGAAAGGUUUAUGUGUAUUGUCAAAGCUAAUGUUGGACUACACAAGUCAUUAUUUCAAGAGACGAUAUUUUCUUGUUGAAAAAAGUAUUUAUAUUUAAAAAAAUGUGAAGUCUGAAUGAAACCCUACUAUUUCAGUCACUAUAGUUACCAGAAAUGAAAUCAAACUAAGUUUUUUUUUUAAUAAAGCUGUAUACUUUGCACACGUAUAUAAUAGAACAUACAAAGUAAUUGUCCAGUUUCUAAUUAAUAAAAAAAGUUUGACAAAUUAGAAUGUAUUCAGAAGUAUACGUUUUGAUUGUUAGAGUAUCUUAAUUCCAUAUAGUAAGACACUGCACAUAAAGAUGUCUUCAUGUGACCAACAUACUAGUUAAUGCUGGUGUCAUUCUUAGCAAAUAUAGAAUAAAGCUUCUGAAACAACCAACUACAUGUCAUUAAAGUAGAAUUGUCCUAAUGAAUGAAAAGUACUUGUUUCUAAAAAUAAAAACCUUUUGAUGUAUUAGAGUUAAGCUUAAGGACCUAUAAAAUGCUAAAAUUCAGGGUUCAUGGAAGGAACAGCACAGAUACCCCAUUGUGCCACUUUGCACUUACAAACAAUAUUAAAAAAAUGGUUGAUUUAAAUUGUAAUUCUUCUUUGGAUUUGUUUUCAUAUUAUAGAAAUUGUAUCUAUAAAUAAAUAGAAUUUUGAACAUUACACUUUAUGUAUACUGGCUCCGUAUAUGUAUAUAUCUAUAUAAU